AUGCGGAGCGCUGCCGAUGCUGAGACGGCUGCAGAAAUAGUCAUGGGAGAUGCCGAGGGAGACGAUCAUAAGGGGUCUACUGGUGUGGUACGUAAAGGGCGUGGCCAUGGCGGUGAAAGAGCUCUCUUAGAAGGGCCCCUCUCAUCCUCCUCGAAUACACGGAGACGAACUGCGAAGGUUUCUGCUGAUGUCGCCAUGGAGGAUGACGAGUUCGGGAAUCACAUUAGAAGGGAGGACGUUGUGAAUGGUCACCUGUAA